GAAUGAACUUUAUUUACCGGGUUUAUUCAAUUGGUUUAUUCAGGUUUAUUAUAAAACGGAAGACAGGAGGAAUAAUCUAAAAAAAUGAAUCGAUUAGCUGGUAAGAUAGCAAUCGUGACCGCAGCGGCCAACGGCAUCGGUCGUGCAACUGCGCAGGCAUUUGCAAGGGAAGGAGCAACUGUUUAUGCAUCGGACAUUGACAUGGACAAGUUAAACGAACUCAGAGGAGACAGCAAAAUAGAAGUACACAAAUUAGAUGUUACAAACAAUCAGGACAUUCUGGCCCUUUCCAAGAAGGUCGACAAAGUUGAUAUCUUGUUCAACUGUGCAGCUAUUGUUUAUCGUGUUCCAAUACUUGACCUCAGUGAGGAAAUGUGGGACAAGACAUUUGACAUCAAUAUCAAAUCAAUGUUUAGGAUGUGUAAGGAAUUCAUGCCAAAGAUGAUAGCUAGUGGAGGUGGUAGCAUCAUAAACGUCUCCUCAGUGUCAAGUUCUAUCAGAGCUGUUCAGAAUCGCUGUGCCUAUUCUUCAACCAAAGGGGCUGUGUUAGCUUUUAGCAAGACCAUUGCAGUUGAUUAUGUAAAUCAAGGGAUACGAUGUAACACUAUAUGCCCAGGAACCAUUGACUCUCCUUCUAUUAGAGCCUACGUCAACUCUUGUCCAGAUCCAGAAAAGGCUCUUAAGGAUAUUGCAGCACGGCAACCUAUUGGACGGUUAGGCAAGUCUGAGGAGGUUGCUAAUAUGGGUGUGUUCCUUGCAUCUGAUGAGUCUGCAUUCAUAACAGGCAGUGAGUUCAGAGUAGAUGGCGGUUGGACAAUGUAAGAACCUGUUUCAGCAACCAGUGCCUCAGAAGGACCCAUCAGGAAGGACGGUUAAAAUGACUUACAGUACCAGAAUGACCCAGUAGAGGAACUAUUGGGAUGACCCAACAGAAUCACCCAUCUGAAAGGAAUGACCCAUCAGUGAGUCUAGAUUGUAUUCGGUGUGAAAUAGGCCUAGUACACCAAGAAUAAACCACUGAAAAUUUACUUCCAGUCAGGUCCUUCUGGUGGAGAAUUGGGCAGUUCACCGAAAAAUAUUCCUGUUCUAUUUUCCAAUGAGUGUUUAAUGUUCUUCAACAUGCACACGUCAGGCCAUAUAGGACACAGGACCAACGACUUAAACAUUCAUCGAAAUAUGGUGCACUAUUGAAACUGGCAUUUAACCAAGAACCAAGGUUAAGCCGACUGAGCUAAGCUGCUUUGAUUUGACAACAAUUAUAAGGCACAUUUUUGAGGGGAAAUGAAUGAUAAGUUGGGAGGGGUAAAUGCACAUUUAUGCAUGAAUAUGAACGCACGAAUUUCUAGUUUUCAACAAUAUUUAGCAUGUUGUUCUUUUGUUGAAGCAUGUAAGCCUUUGGGCUUCAAAGUCAAAGAUCUGAUUUGAGCCUAGACUGGUAAAACAAUGAUUUUCAGUAUUAUUUUAAAACUCUUUAUUGUAAUGUCAUUACAUAAUGCUUUUGACAAGUGUGAAGUGUGUAACUGGAGCUGUCUGUAUCAGCGCCAGGUAUAUUCUAUGUAAAAAUCAAAGGCAUAAGUAUAAUGAUGAUGAAAAAAAGAUAAUUAACAAAUCAACUUUAGGUAAGCAUGGAAUAUGUCUGAAACAAAAAAGAAAUGAUAGCAUUAGUAGCAUAUAUAUCAAGAUCAACAUUGAUACCGAUGCUACAAAAAGGAAUAAAAAACAGAAACGGAUGAACCAGCAAGAAACUAAAUUUUCACUAAAAGUAUUGUUUUGUUGGGUGUACCAGCUCUGAAAAAUCAUAAGUCAAUAAGGCGGUGGAAGAUGGUGUAAGGAACAGAGCUUCCUUGACAGUUUAACAAAAUAAAUAGAAAUAGAAAAGGAUUAUUUUAUCAUUUUUAAAUUAUAGUCGGUCUCAAUCCCUACUGACUUGUUGUUGUAAGCAGGCCCGUAGCCAGGUCAUUUCAAGGGGGGUUCUCUGGGCAUGGGGUCCAGGGGACUGCCUAAUAGCCAGAGCAUUUUUUGUGUUUAAUGAGUCUAUAUAAUGUUAUAAAAGCAGUUAUGUUUUGAAAAAGAUCUAUUUAAUAAAAGGUGGUAAUAUAAUAAAAUUGAAAAAUA